AUAAAAGAUCUGAUUCGAUAAUCACAGCAGAGACCUAACUACAGGUUUUAGUAUUAUUUUGUGAGGAAUGGAGAAGGAUGGAGGAGCUACCGGUUGUCGCAGGUUACAGUCGGGCUUGAGUCGAGUGGAUUUGCUUCUGGGCUUUGCUGAAAGCCUUCCCACACAUGAAGAUCUGGCCGAUUUGAUGGAAAAAGAUGUGAUGUUCAGAGAUGAAGAAACCGAAGCAGCCGGUGUUUAUGGUGUUAUGGGUUUAACUAGGAAUAUCAAUACAUUCCAGCGCAGAGAAAGUAAAAAGAGGGAGAGAUCGAAAUGGCAAUGUUGUAAAUCUGCUCCUGUUAGUGUUCCCGAGUGGCCCAAACACAAAGUUUCAGAAGGAUUUGAUGAUGAGGACGAUGAAAUUGUAGUGAGGCCUCCUCAUGAGCUCCUUGCUCAUUAUAAUACCAGUUUUUCUGUUUUAGAAGGGAUUGGGAGGACUCUGAAAGGAAGAGAUCUCUGCAGAGUACGUAAUGCUGUUUUGAAAAUGACUGGGUUUUUAGAUUAGUGGUAUUCAUUGAUGCACACAAUACCUUUGCUUUAAAAGCAAUUUCUCCAAUAAAACUGGUCUAGAUUUUCCCAUAUGGGAAGUUCAUGUUGUCUCAUUACAUAUAAACACUGUGGUAAACCAGCACAUUGUUGGAAGCACUGUUGAUUCGUUUAUGGAUUUUUUGAUUUAUGAAUUCAAUUUUCCAGUCUCAGUUUGCAGCGUGGAUUAUAGAUUUUAGAACUCGGAUCUUUG